UCAGCUGUGUUUGGCAACAAUCUGUUCCAACACUGAAAGCACUAUUCCAACAUGGAGGCUGGAUUCCGCUACCGUCCGCUGAUCUUUUGUCUGGCUUUGGCCGCCGUGCUGGGCUUGGUUCACGGGCUCGGUGAGGACCUGGACCGGCCUCUCAUCGGGCCUCCCGGUUCUCCCAUCCUGCUCGACGGGUCUGACCCGGGGCUGAAGAAGGCUCUGCAGUUCGCCGAGGAUCACUACAACCGGGGCUCGAACGCCAUGCACCUCCGCAGGAUCAGCCGCUUCGUGUCCGCGACCAAACAGCUGGUUAAGGGAAUCCGCUACACAAUAACAGUAGAAGUGAGUAAUACUCAGUGCAAGAAAUCCACCAUGCUCCGGACAUGUGACUUCUACCUGCAAACACCGAAACUCAAGACGGAGCUGUGCAUGUUUGAAGUGUGGGACAUUCCCUGGCAGGGCACUUCGACUCUGCUCAAACAGAAGUGUCAACCUAAAGUUCAAUUCCAAGAGAAAGAGACCAACGAGGUGGAGGAUCUAUCCGCUAAACCGCCUAUGGAGGAGUCGGUGGAGCUGCUGGGACAGUUCAAAGAGUUCAUGGUGAAGUACAAUAAGGUCUACGGCAGCCAGGAGGACGUAGACCGUCGCCUGAGAAUCUUCCAUGAGAACCUCAAGACUGCUGAGAAGCUCCAGUCUCUGGAUCAGGGCUCAGCAGAAUAUGGAGUCACUAAGUUCAGCGACUUGACAGAGGAGGAGUUUCGCUCUACUUACCUUAACCCGCUCCUGAGCCAGGCGAACCUCCAUCGAUCAAUGAAACCGGCCUCUCCGGCCAAAGGUCCCGCCCCUGCAAGCUGGGAUUGGCGGGAUCAUGGAGCUGUCAGUCCGGUGAAGAAUCAGGGUAUGUGUGGAUCCUGCUGGGCCUUUUCUGUCACUGGCAACAUUGAGGGCCAGUGGUUCCUGAAAAAUGGAACUCUGGUGUCACUGUCUGAACAAGAGCUGGUUGACUGUGACGGUUUGGACCAGGCGUGCAAAGGAGGGCUGCCAUCAAACGCUUAUGAAGCCAUUGAGAAGCUGGGUGGCCUGGAGACAGAGACUGACUACUCCUACACUGGGAAGAAGCAGAACUGUGACUUUGCUACAAAGAAAGUAGCUGCAUACAUCAACAGCUCUGUGGAGCUGUCCAAAGACGAGAAGGAGAUUGCAGCUUGGCUUGCUGAAAAUGGACCAGUCUCUGUGGCCCUGAAUGCCUUUGCAAUGCAGUUCUACAAGAAGGGUGUUUCUCGCCCAAUGAAGAUCUUCUGCAACCCAUGGAUGAUCGACCACGCUGUGCUGAUGGUGGGAUAUGGAGAACGUAAAGGCAUCCCCUUCUGGGCCAUCAAAAACAGCUGGGGGGAGGAUUAUGGAGAGCAGGGUUACUACAACCUGUACAGGGGUGGGUGGCAGGGAGGCUGGAGCCAAUCCCAGGUAAGAUUGGGGCGGUAUAACUUGACAACCAAACAGAGACAAUCAACCAUUUAUACUCACAUUCACAUGUGUGGGGAAUUUAGAGUCUCCUCUUAACCUAAUCUGCAUGUCUUUGGGCUGUAUCUAUACAACCCGCUGACGUGGCUGACACAAGGCACCUGCAGCUCAGCCUCUGGGAUCAUGUCGCAAGCCACCAAACGCAAACACGUGGUCAAGGAGGUGUUCGGGGACUUCAUGACGCCCACAGAGACGCAGCAGAUAGUGAAGAUCACUGGCAGCCGCGGUAACAACCUCCAUGAAGCUGUCACGGCUCUGGGCGAGAUCUUCCUGGUGAGCAUGCCCACCAAGUUCCGCAAGAACCUCUGGAUCAAGAGAGGUGACUAUGUGAUUGUGGAUCCUAUUGAGGAAGGAGAGAAGGUGAAGGCAGAGAUCAGCUUCAUUCUCUACAAAGAUCACAUUCGGGAUCUAAAGAAACAGAAGCUCUGGCCGGAGGGUUUUGUGGAGGAGUCCUCAGCGGAGGACAAGACAACGAAACAGGAGGAGACUGUAGGAAACGACGAGGAAGAGGAGGCUAGCAACUCUGAAGACGACGAGAGCGACCUUUUUGUGAACACCAACCGCUGUAACUACCAGUACAGCGAGAGCGAGGAGGAGGACAGUGAGGAAGAGGAGGAGGUCAAGUAGGGAGGGACAGAAACGGGUUCACAGCAGGAGAACUGAGGACCGGGACAGUUGAGAGUGAAAGCUGUGAAAAUCCUGUGACAGUGUCACUGUGCUGCUGUGAUCACUGACUGAUGCAGGGCUCCUCAGGCUGCAGCCGCCUCUGCACUUGGUUCACAGACUGUUGGAGACACUGGGCUCACUGAGUGAACGUGAACUUACAGAGGAAGGCCAAAACAAGUCGUGCCUGUAAGUUAAUAACAUUAAUCAAUCAGUUAAAUAUAAAAGAUAGAAAUUCUGUAGGAUAACCUCCAGUGUCAUCUCGUUUGUUUACUGACCUCCAGUGGAGGAUUUGCUGGAUUGUUUGUACUCAGGUGAUGUAAAACAUUUUCAAGGUUUUUCUAAUAUAAACAGUUGUAUCAGCGUCCUCUGUAGGACAUAAUGAAUAGAAACUCCUACAUUUCACAUUUAACAAAAAUGAAUUGUUCAAAAAUGUAUUUACAUUCCUAUAAUGGUUGAUCUUUUUGUUGACUUGAUCGAUGAGUCUGGAAGCUGCAAGCCGAGUGAUCUUUGUUUGGCCCUGCCCAGACAGGCAUGUUAAAGGUUGAAGUUCACUACUACACCAGGCUUCUCAUUCACCAGUUUAUUAAGAGUUGCAGUGGGGGCGGAGGCCAAUCACACCUGACGUGAGGGGAGGGGGGGCGGGGGGGGGGGGACUCCAAGGAGAGGUCGACUGUCAAUCACAGAGCAAAUCCAGACAGACAACAUUCCCUCUCACAUUCCCACUGACAGACAAAAGUACCAAUGACUAAAGGCAUUCACGUUUUCUUCUUGGUGAUCCUAUGUGAACUCUGGAACCAAGGAACAUAAAUGAUGUGUUUUUGAAUUAGGCAACCUAACUGCUGUGUGCUUCUUUUACUUAACAUUUAUUUAAAUUGGAAGAGGUUUUCUGCCAGGAAGGCUGUAGACAGUCUGCAUGAAGUAGGUUGUGGUAGAUGAAUGAGUCACACACACAGAACAUUCAUCCAGGAGACGAGUUCAAAUCUGGUUUGUUGACUUUGUUAAUUUAUUUUAAUCUUAGUUUUUUACACUCGUGAGACCUGUUCAUCCAACUCGACCUGAUCUUUACAUAGACCUUUUAUCAUCACACCAGAUUUCCUAAAGCCUGGCAGAAAGCCUUUGCCAACUAGGAUCCAUUUCUACCCAAACAGUUGCAUCGCUUUCUUACACACAAUAAAUCAUACGUACUUUGUGUUUAGAAUCCACAGAGAAAGUUCAAUCUUGACUGGGGUUCACUUUUAGAGGAGUUUUCCAAAGAGACAAUCCUCACACUAAAAACUUGCCUUUAACAGCUUUUUAGGUUUUCCAUCGAGUGUGGUGAGAACCAGUUCUCUGCAGGGCUCUUGUUACAUUUGUACCAUUACUACCACGGUCUCCCAAUAAAAAAAUUCAGCAUUUAA